AUGGCAUUCGCACUCCAUCCAUUAUUGUCGACUUAUCCAGGAGCGUCGUUUUUCCCUAAUGGAAAUAUGAAUGGACCGCAUCUAUCCAUUCAGUCAGGUGGAGAUUCGAGUGGGUAUUGGGGAUACGUACCUUGGAAUACACCUGAUUUCCCUCCUGAAUGGGGAUUACCCCCCGCUGUUAUCGCCGCUCAAGAAGGUAGAGGUACAGGUAUGUAUGGAUAUACACUGGAAGGUGGUGGUCAGGGUUCAAGGUUUAAUUAUGGUUGGCCAAAAUAUGGUCCAAUGCCUCUAAGACCCGAAUUAGGUGGUUUCGUUGGAAAAACAAAUCCUUUCGGAAGAAGCUUCCCUCAUGGAUUCUACAAGACCGUCUAUUAG